CUAAUCAUACAAAAGGUUGUUCCAGCUGUUGCUACCACCCGACACUCCCCUCUACACCAGGUAUUUCAUCACCCUUAUCCGCAUUCGUUCAAACAUAUACAUCUCCACCAUGGGUGUUCUUGACAAUACGUUUGGAGCAUUCUUAAUUGGGGUUGUGGUCUCUGCCACGCUCUACGGUGUCACCUGCGUACAGACAUGGUACUACUACAGCCGGUACCCCUCGGAUCCGUGGUACAUCAAGCUCAUGGUCGGCGCUGUGCUUCUAUCAGACUCGGUACAUCAAGCUCUGAUUACCCAUACAGUGUAUACUUAUCUUGUAACGGACUUUGGCGUCGCUGCUGACCUCGGGAAAUUGGUCUGGAGUCUGAUUAUCGAAGUCUUAUUCAAUGGCUUCACAGCACUUUUGGUUCAAAGCUUCCUUACCAUGCGUGUAUACAGACUAAGCAACAAGAGUUUGGUUGCAACCAUGGCUGUGAUGACCCUUGUUAUUGGUGAAUUCCUCCUCGUUGUCAUAUACGUUGCAAAGGCUAUCAAUAUGACGACGUUCGCGGAACUAACUGCGCUCAAACCAUUGUCCAUGUCUGUGAACGCUUUGGCGGCUGCUGGAGAUGUCCUUAUCGCUGUAUUACUCUGCACACUCCUUCAACAAUCUCGCACUGGAUUCCGGAGGUCCGAUACCAUGAUCAAUAAGCUGAUUCUGUUCAGCAUCAACACCGGUCUCCUCACCAGCAUUUGCGCUGUCAUGUCACUCAUUUCUAUUACGGUGUGGGAUGGUACUUUCAUUUACAUUGCAUUUUAUUUCUGCUUGGGCCGUCUUUACUGCAACUCCCUACUGGCAACCCUUAACGCACGCAAGAGUCUUCGUGGUGAUACCCGAGAUGAAAAUAUGUCGCUCUCACUUCAGGGCAUCCAGAAAAGCUCUAGCACUGGUACCGCGCAAAAGCGCAUUCCGAAUAACAUCUCAAUUAAAAUUGAUACCACGCAGGAGCAGUUUAGUCGGUUCGGACAUGAGUGCCACGAGGGCGAUGAGAAGCACAGAAUGUACCACCCCAUACUUUGGUGUCAAUCGUUCUUUUUGCAUUGUAACGUAUGAUCUGCACCAAUCUGGUCAUUGGAAGAACUAUAGCUACUCUAUCCCUGCGGCGCAUGGGAUCACCGUCUAGAGCAUUGCAUUUUGAGGAAUAUUAAUACACGGAUUUGCAUCGUAAUGUUAUUUUGCGGCAAGAUCUAUUAUAUUUCUCCAAGAUCUAAGUAUGAAACA